AUGGGUUUAUUGGUAGCAGUACUAUCACAUGCUCUGUUAUUAACUCUGUUUCUGUUUUCUCACCAUACAAAAGCAGAGGAUUUUGAUUUGUUCAGUAAUGCAACCAGUUUCAGAAGCAGAAACCUUGCAGGAACAUGUAACUGGUUCAGUGGCAAAUGGGUCUAUGAUGUUUCAUAUCCUCUCUAUGACCCUUCUAAGUGUCCCUUCAUAGAUCCACAAUUCAAUUGCCAAAAGUAUGGUCGCCCAGAUAAACUGUACCAGAAAUAUAGGUGGAUGCCAUUUUCUUGUCCCUUACCAAGGUUCAAUGGAUUGGACUUAUUGAAGGGAUAUAGGGGGAAGAAGAUUAUGUUUGUUGGUGACUCCUUGAGCUUAAACCAGUUCAAUUCAUUGGCAUGUAUGAUUUAUGCUUGGGUACCAAAUUCCAGGACCACAUUCAGACAGAAAGAUGCUCUUUCAUCAGUGACAUUUGAGGACUACGGCCUUGAGUUAUUUCUGUACCGUACAGCAUAUUUGGUGGACCUUGAUCAUGAGAAAGUUGGACGAGUUUUGAAGCUUGACUCAAUCAUAAAUGGUGACGCUUGGAGAGGGAUGGACGUGCUGAUCUUCAACACGUGGCAUUGGUGGACCCACACCGGAAGCGCACAACCGUGGGAUUAUGUUCAGGUGAAUAAUAAGUUGUACAAAGACAUGAACCGUUUCGUUGCAUACUACAAAGGCCUAACAACUUGGGCAAGGUGGGUUGAAAGGAACGUAAAUCCAACACAAACCAAGGUCUUCUUUUUAGGAAUUUCUCCUGUGCAUUAUGAGGGGAGAGAUUGGAAUCAACCAGCAAAGUCAUGCAUGAGUGAGACACAACCAUUCUUUGGUUUGAAGUACCCUGCAGGGACACCAAUGGCUUGGGUGGUGGUGAACAAGGUGUUAAGGAGGUUAACUAAGCCAGUUUAUUUCUUAGAUGUGACAACUCUCUCACAGUACAGAAAAGAUGCACAUCCUGAAGGGUAUAGUGGGGUUAUGGCAACAGAUUGUAGCCACUGGUGUCUUCCAGGACUUCCUGAUACCUGGAAUGAGCUUCUGUAUGCUGCUCUUUCUAGUUGAGAGCAGCAAAAAGACUUGACAACUUUGUUUAUUAGGUCAAACAUGUUAGAGGAAAACCCAUUGUUUUCAAUUGU